CCCACCCCCCGCCCCGGCUCCUCAACACAAACUUUCCGUCCCGCUCGCUCCCUCCUCCGCGCCCGGCGCCUCCCGCUCCAGCCCGGCUCAUUCCGCACAUUCCGGCCGGCCCCCUCCCCACGACCCCCCUUCCCGGCCCCCCGUCGGCUCCGUCGGGCCCGGCGCAGCGGCCCGGCCGGAGCGCCCCCCCGAGCUCGGACCAGGCUCCUGGUGCCCAGUGGACUCAGGCCCAGAGCCCAGAGCAACCAGCACCAUAGCGUCCAACAGCUGGAACGCCAGCAGCAGCCCCGGGGAGGCCCGGGAGGAUGGGCCCGAGGGCCUGGACAAGGGACUGGACAACGAUGCGGAGGGCGUGUGGAGCCCGGACAUCGAGCAGAGCUUCCAGGAGGCCCUGGCCAUCUACCCGCCCUGCGGCCGGCGCAAGAUCAUCCUGUCGGACGAGGGCAAGAUGUACGGUCGCAACGAGUUGAUCGCACGCUACAUUAAACUGAGGACGGGGAAGACUCGGACGAGAAAACAGGUGUCCAGCCACAUACAGGUUCUAGCUCGGAAGAAGGUGCGCGAGUACCAGGUUGGCAUCAAGGUACGUCGGGUGCCGGACUGGGGCCUCCAGCCCCUCCCGGGCCCCUUACCCACGGCGCCUCCAGCACUGUCCGUGCGCGGCUCAGGCCCCUGCCUCAGCUGUCCCUCUGGCCCACUCUGCCUCCUUUCUGGCUGCAGCUCUGUUCUGGCAUCUCCUCCGCUCUCUCCGUUCUUGUUCUCUUCCUUUCUCUCCCCACAGGUCUCUAGCCACUUGCAGGUUCUAGCCAGGCGGAAAUCUCGGGAGAUUCAGUCCAAGCUGAAGGCCAUGAACCUGGACCAGGUCUCCAAGGACAAAGCCCUCCAGAGCAUGGCGUCCAUGUCCUCCGCCCAGAUCGUCUCUGCCAGCGUCCUGCAGAACAAGUUCAGCCCACCCUCGCCCCUGCCCCAAGCCGUCUUCUCCACUUCCUCGCGGUUCUGGAGCAGCCCCGCUCUCCUGGGACAGCAGCCUGGACCCUCUCAGGACAUCAAGCCCUUUGCACAGCCAGCCUACCCCAUCCAGCCGCCCCUGCCGCCGACGCUUGGCAGUUACGAGCCCCUGGCCCCGCUCCCCCCAGCCGCUGCCUCUGUGCCCGUGUGGCAGGACCGCACCAUCGCCUCCUCCCGGCUGCGGCUCCUCGAGUACUCAGCCUUCAUGGAGGUGCAGCGAGACCCCGACACGUACAGCAAACACCUGUUUGUGCACAUCGGCCAGACAAACCCCGCCUUCUCAGACCCGCCCCUGGAGGCAGUUGACGUGCGCCAGAUCUACGACAAGUUCCCUGAGAAAAAGGGGGGACUGAAAGAGCUCUAUGAGAAGGGGCCCCCGAAUGCCUUCUUCCUCGUCAAGUUCUGGGCCGACCUCAACAGCACCAUCCAGGAGGGCCCCGGAGCCUUCUAUGGGGUCAGCUCCCAGUACAGCUCCACCGAUAGCAUGACCAUCAGCGUCUCCACCAAGGUGUGCUCCUUUGGCAAGCAGGUGGUGGAGAAGGUGGAGACCGAGUACGCCAGGCUGGAGAAUGGGCGCUUCGUGUACCGGAUCCACCGCUCGCCCAUGUGCGAGUACAUGAUCAACUUCAUCCACAAGCUGAAACACCUGCCCGAGAAGUACAUGAUGAACAGUGUCCUGGAGAACUUCACCAUCCUGCAGGUGGUCACAAGCCGGGAUUCCCAGGAGACAUUGCUUGUCAUUGCUUUUGUCUUCGAAGUCUCCACCAGCGAGCACGGAGCCCAGCACCACGUCUACAAGCUCGUCAAAGACUAGGGUGCCUCUGACCCCCCAAAAGGAUGCAGGACAAGCAUCUCCUCCGCAUACCUGCCUGGCACCCACAGGGGACCAGGACUGAGGACUCAUCCACCUGCCAGGCCUCAGGCCCAGGACCCAGGAGGCCUCCCCACUACCCCGGCACACACGCUCCCUGCCACUGUUCUGCGCUUUAAUCGUGGGAGAAGAGAGCGAGCUCGGCAGUGGGGCAGCCUGCCCGGGGCACUGACCCACCAUUGCCCAGCUCUGCCCAGCCUCAAGUGACCUCAGAGAGGCAGGGACGGAGGACACCUUCAGGCUCUGGCAUGUGUGGCCACUGACCCCCCCAGGGCAGUGGGAUGGGCAGGUGAGGGUAGAAUGGAGAUGGAGGAGUCGACACGCAGAGGCCCCGGGGAAGGAGUAUCAUGUCAGGGUUAGGCUGAGGAAAGAGAGGGGCCCCCACUUCUUUGCACCUUCUGCGUGCCAGGCCUGGUGCCAAGGCUCCUUGCAUGGCUUGUGCCGUCCUCAGACCCUACAAAGCAGGCGUGGGCCUCCAUGUUUCAGAUGAAGUGCUGAGACUCCAAGAAGUGGAGGCACCCACAAGAGGGUGGGCAGAGCUGGAGUUCUCGUCCAGGGCUGCCUGUCCCCAGAGCCCAGGUUUACACUACCUCCCUGCAGCAGGGGGUGGCCACGGGGUGGGGGAGGGGCUCUGCACUGGGGGUGAGGAGUGGCGCCUCCUUGGGGGCCUGGACACAGGACCUUCUCCGAGUCCCCCAGCGCAGGGAGCACCUGUUUCUGACCAGGCAGAGAGGGAAGUGCAGCAGCUACGAGGCACCUGUUAGCACCCCUGUCAGCCCGCAAGCCAGCCAUUGGCCCCAGGAGCCUCCAGGCACCCCUCCAAGCUGCCCUUGGUAGAUCAGGAGCCCAAGCACCCACCAGAGGCAGGCCCCGGCUGAGAAACGGGACUGAGGGCCAGGGAGAGGAAGAUGCAGUCCCGGCCUCCUGGCAGACCAGACACCAGGGGAGGAGGGCUAGCAGGCGGCUUUGAUAUUUUCUCUUGCCCAAGACUUGGGUGUGACAAACCCUUGGUGGGCACUGCCCCCUUCUGUUCUUUCCCACCUCAGUCCCCCACCCAGCCCCACCCCCACCCUGGAGCAGCCACUCGCAGACCCAGUUCUGGGACCGAAGGUUAACCCUUCCCCUGCGGCCCCUUCUCUGCUCCCAGGCCCCUGGGGGCAGCCAGGCCUGUGCGGCAGCAGCCCUCGGUGUUCAUGAGUUUCAUAUGAAGUACUGUGCCCUUCCCUUCCUCGGCCCUGCCCCUGCCCCUGCCAGAACUUCCUGACGGUCCUCACAGUUUGCAUAUCGCUCAGGCCACCUCCAGACCCCACCUAGGUUUUAUAAUGUAUAUUAUAUAUAUUUUUGUGUAUUUUUUAAAUCCAGCUAUGAUGGGUUAUAUCAUAAAUGUGGCUUGGGGCUGGGGCAGAGGCCCUCAAGGCCCUGCUCCUGCUCAAAAAAAAAAAAAAAUUAAAGUUAUUUGUGGGUCA